AUGGACACGGUUCAUCCACUAGCACAGGCACCACCCACAGACUCGAGCUCCAUCGCAGCAGCAGCAAAGAAGCAAGGAAAGGGUGUGCCCAUCCAGGUCCCCACCAACCAACGUCGUCUCUCCAACUUUUCGGUAACAAAGUCCAACCGAGCUCUGGUGACAGGACACAGGGACGGAGGAGGCACCAGCUCAAGACGGAAAUCCAGUGUCUCCUCGCAGGGCCAUCAGUCCCCGCCUUUUUUUGCACACAAAGAUGAGUUUGAUAUUAUCGGGACCUUGCCUGGGUUUGAAGCAGAGUCGAAUAGACUGGCCAAGGGCAAGUUGAGGUUGGGAGUUGAGGAUACAUUGCCGGAAACAAUCGAAGAGAACGAAGAUCACACGCCCGUCAAGAGGAAACUGUCGCACACAAAGAGGGAACACUCAAUCUCGGAGGCAUCCCCCACCACCACCAUCUCUGGACCAUUCCCCAAAAGGCGGAAAAGCUCAUUUUCAUUGGAGUCGCUUUCAAGACUGGGUGGCCUCUCGAAGAUCACACCACCUUCGCCACCUUCAACAGCAUCGCACACCCCCGAGUCUGUCCAAUCACCCUCAGACUACCUUGCGAAGCACGCAGUUGGAUCAUCUCGGUCGACAUCAGGAAACUGGCCUCAGAUUGCAGUAACAAGUGUUCGUGUCGGACCCAAGACGGAGUUCUUGACUAACGGGAUCACUGUUCAGUUUGGAUUCGACCGGUUAGCAUUGACCAUCAAGCGGAAUUGCACCAGAAUUCCACACACGGAUCUCAAACUUGUCGAGUAUUACACUGGUUCUGUGGUCAAGGUGAUCCAGAUUGUCACACAUAGGAAAUUGCCAGAUUCCUCGAUCUUAGCACAGUACUACGACCCUGCAAUGCAUUCAGGAAAGGCGCGCAAAAUUACUCUGUACACGGAAGCGAGCUCAUCUCUUAUUCUCGACAAUUGCGCAUACCUCAAGCAGAAGGGAGUCGAAACCAAGCCUCUCAGCAUGGACGCGGCAGAAAAGAUUCUCAACUCAAACAACUAUCGCAUGUCGGCCGCACGCCCACCGGAGCAGUCCGAGGAAACACUGUUUGUGUUCCCAUACAGCACGUCGCCAAAGACAAAGUCAAUCGCUGUCAGGGCUGAGGAUGUGUUGCGGUUGGAAGACGGAGAGUUCCUGAACGACACGAUCAUUGAGUUUGGGCUCAAGUAA